AUGAAUGCUUUUUUCGAUGGUUUUGUGCAUUCUGAUACAACGUUGAAAGAAUUCGUUGAUCAAUUUGACAAUGCACUAAGGAAGAAGGUAGAGCUCGAGACGACAGCUAAUUUCAAUUCCUCCAACCAAACCAUCCCAUGUUCAUUCGCAUUCCGCAUUGAAAAGCAGUUUCAAGCCUUGUAUACGAAUGCAAAAUUUAAAGAAGUCCAAAGAGAGGUGUGGGGAAUGAUUUUAUGUAACUGCAUACUUAUCAGGAAGGAAGGCUGCGUUUCCACCUACGAUGUUUUAGAUGAAAUUACCACUGAUGAUGACCAUGUCAAGAGCAUCAAGUACACAAUUUACUUUAACAAUGAGGAGGUUGAUGUGAAAUGCACCUGUGCGUUGUUUGAGAUGAGAGGAAUUGUCUGUAGACAUGCAUUGAACGUUUGUCAGAUGAAUAAGAUUCAUGCGCUACCAGAGAAGUACUUGUUGGAUCGAUGGAGAAAUGACUUAAAGAGGAGAUACACAGUGGUAAAAAGUAGCUACGAUGACUUGCGACAAAAUGCGGAUUCACGAAAGUAUGAGUUUGUGGUGAAACGAUGUGUGAAAUUAGCUACCCGUGUAUCGUUGAGUGAUGCCCAUGUUACUGCAUUUAUGCGCCACUUGGAUGAGUUUGAGAAUCAAUUUAAAAGAUUAACACUUGAGUCCAGUUCAACAAAGGUAACAGAGACUGUGGUCACAGACAAUGGUAAGAAAAUAUUAAGCCUACACGUUGGGAAUGUUGUGACCAAGCGAAAGAAGAAACAGACACGCAGGAAAAUAUUUGAUGAUACGAACCAAGAUUGUGAGGUGUCGGAAGCUCCUGAAAAUGUUGAGGAGAAAAUAUCCAGUGUAGCCAAUGAUGAUUUUGUGGUUCUAACUCAGUACAGUACUGUCACACAACCAACGCCAUCGAGCAAUGAGUAG